AUGUGUGAUCAAAAAACGAUAGCUUACACUUCGGUUCCGGGAGAUAUUUAUGAAAUUGUUGGAAAAUUAAUGUUUGCCUACGGUGAUGAAGCUGAACCAAUUGAAAUAUGUCAAAAAUACGUCAUCGAUAUUUUACGUAAUCAGAUGAUAGAUACAGUAAAUAGAGCCAAGAAAUGUGCAGCAUUAAGAGGCUGUAAAAGAAUCGAAUGUAUUGAUUUAUUAUUUCUUUUACGCAAAAAACCUUUUCAUCUUGGUCGCAUUUAUCGUAUAGCUAAAUCAGCUGAUUUAUUAAAAGGUUUCGAUGAAGAUUAUGAAGCAGAUUGUGAUAUUCUGGCUGAAGUUCCCAGUACUAGUUCAGAUUUUUGUGGAAAAGAAGCACAAUCAAUAUAUGAUAGUGUUGGAUUAUUCGAUGUAACGGGCGAAUUACAGAGAUAUUUAAAAAGUGAUGUAAAAGUUGAUGAAGAAAAACGUGAACGAUUGAAACGAUUAUCAGAACGUACGGCAUUGAUGGAUGAAGAUGAGUAUAAAGAUUAUACAAUAGCAAGAACAUAUAGUUUCUGCGCUGGACAUGGUAUUAGGAAAGCAAGAAUCAAUCGAUUUUUGAAAUGGUUAGGUGAUCCUGAAGUUGCUGCAAAUGCUUUGAUGAUUUUGAACUAUAUUGCAUGUGAAAUGAUCUGUUCAAUGGUUGAGGGUGCAUUAUGGUCACGGAAAGAAGAGGGAAAGAAUCAUUUCGUUGAUAUUUAUCCUUUUAAAGCUUUGCAACCGAGACAUUAUGAAGAAUCGUUACGAAAAAAUAAAGCAUAUAUGAUUGGUGGUAAUAUUAUUAUAGGAUCAUACCAAUAUUAG